UACUAGUCCAGUACUCCCCGUAGUAAUUGUGCUGCCGGUAAGCUGAGAUAAGAAUGGGUCCUGGAGGUCCAGGAGGAGGUGGAGGAGGUCCAGGCGGGGGUUGGGGUGGAGGAGGAGGAGGUCCAGGCGGAGGUUGGGGUGGACCUGGAGGUCCGGGAGGUCCAGGUGGUUGGGGUGGAGGACCUGGUUGGGGUUGGGGUCCUGGUGGCUUCUUCGGUGGCUUUGGGAACUUCAUGUAUUCUUGCUUCGACUUCUUGUGCUGUUGCUGGCUAUUUAGGGACUGCUUUGGUGGAGGACCAGGGCCUGGAGGGCCUGGAGGGCCUGGUGGACCUGGUGGUCGUCCCUUCUGAUUUGUUUGAUUUAUGCACUAUGGAUGUCUUUGUUUGCCACAACAGAGUCACAGGCAAUACAUGAUACUAUGUUAAGAGAUUUGGUAUACCCUA